UCGAAAUCACGAUCUCUGGAGACCGGCCGACACAGGCAUCGCAUCGCUGCCCACCCUGAUAGCGGUCCGUGCAGCCCGCUGGCAAGCCAGGCAGCUGUUAGACAUGCAGUGUCCGUGCGCGCCAGCCAACCGACGAGCCGCCCGAUAGCCGAGACAACCACCCAACAGCGGGCCACUGCCGCCGCCGCCCAGCCCGCCGGCAGCCGACAGCAGCGAUGAGCUCGGCAGCAGUGGCGCCCAGCGAGCCCCAGGUGGUGGUGGCCAACGGGGCCGCGGAUGGAGACGAGGACAGCAGGACGACCUUCGGAUCCUGGCAGGAGGAGGCGCCGCCGCCGUUUGACCCCCUGCCGACUCCGGCGGGCUCUGUGGCGGAGUCGGUGCACAGCGUUCACCUCAGCCACCUCCAGCCCCACGAGCUGAGGACCAUCUCCCGCCUGUGGAUCACAUCACGCGACCUGGAGCCGCCACCGCCGCCACCCCACCGCAACCUGGCGCUGCGCGGCUUGCGCUGGUGGGCGCGGUGGGCUGUGCCGGGCAUGGGCAUGUUUGUUGAGGCCUGGAUGAUCUUUGCCAUCGGGAACAUCAUGCCCCUCCUGAAGAUCAGCUUCCCGCACUGCUUUGGCGGCGAGGAGCCCACCAGCUGCAGCCAGAGCGCCGCCAGCUCGGCGACAUAUGUGGAGGUGUGCGGCAUCAUUCUGGGCAUGCUGGUGCUGGGAUUCUGUGCCGACAUCAUCGGCCGCAAGUGGGGCAGCAGGCUGGCCUCGAGCGUGAUGCUGCUGGGCGGCGCCAUGCUGACCGGCUGCGCCGGCGGCAGCGACAGCGGCUUCCUCGUGAUGUUUCUUAUUGCCCUAUUCAUCUUGGGGGCAGGCGUGGGUGGGGAGUACCCCGUGGCGGCCAGCUCAGCCGCCGAGCGAGCCGAAGGCAGCAAGCAGAUGCGGCGGCGGCGCGGCGAGACCGUGCUGCUGACGUUUAGCCAGCAGGGCUGGGGCAAUCUGAGCAACACGAUCGUGGUGACCCUGCUGCUGCUGGUGCAAGGCGCCACGGGGCCUUCUGUCAGCGCCAGCCAGGCGGAGGUGACGUGGCGGGUGCAGUUUGCUGUGGGCACCGCCAUCGCGCUGGCGCUGGUCGCCUACCGCUGGACCCUGCUGCAGGCAGGGCCCCCGCCGCAGCAGCUGCCCUGCUGCUGUCCUUGCUGCUCAGACAUGAAGAACUGGCUGCGACGCUGGCUCGGGGCCAACGCAAUGAGUCGAAGGUGUGGAAGGCGGAGCGGCAUGACGUUGCGGAGCACUUGGCGCAGAAGGGGAUCCAACCACUCGCACCACGAGUACAGCAUCAUCUUCAGCUUCUACUGGCCUCGCCUGCUGGUCACCUGCCUGGCGUGGGGGCUCAGCGGCUUUGCGUUUUACGGCCAGAAGCUGUUCCAGGCGCAGUUCAUCCAAGUCAUCUCCCCUGGGGCCUCCAUCUAUACCAUGAUGCAGUGGACCCUGCUGAACAACGCCGUGGCGCUGCUUGGCUACUAUGCUGCCGCCGCCCUGAUCGACCGGCCCUGGUUUGGGCGGGUGCGCAUGCAAGCGGCCGGCUUCUUCAUGCUCUCCGUCCUCUUUGGCCUGCAAGGCGCGCUGUACGAUGUGCUGCUGGGCAGAGCCCUGGGAGCCUUCCAGUUCCUCUACUACUUCUCCGCCUUCUGGCAGAACCUGGGGCCCAACUGCACCACCUGGCUGGUGGCCAGCGAGGUGUAUCCCACAGGCGUCCGCUCCUUCUGCAGCGGCGUGUCGGCGGCCGCGGGCAAGGCCGGCGCGCUGGUGGCGGCAGCCACCUUUAGCUCUAUCUCGCCACGCGCCGCCUUCUACGCCUCUGCCGGUGCCGGCCUGCUGGGCUUCCUGCUCACCGUCGCCUUCCUGCCCGACACCACGGGGCUGGACCUGCACGAAAUUGACAGGAUGAACCGCUACCUCAUGGCGGGGCAGCUGGCUCACUACCACGGCGAGGGCUGCAACCCACGCUUCCUGUCGUGGUGGGAGCGGUGGAGGCGGUACGAUGAGCACUACAUGCCCGACCGCGACUACGUGCACAAGCAGCUGCAGCGCCACCCGCACAUGCCCGCGGAGCCGCCGCCCUCGCGGCAGACGUCGCCGCGCCCCACGCCGCGCUCGUCCCGCCGCUGGCUGCCAGGGGGCGGGUCGUCGGUGGGGGGCUCGCCGCGGCCGGGGCCGGUGUACCCGUCAAUGGUUUCGCUGGCAGAGGGCAGCGCCUGCUAG